AUGGAUGCUAACAACAACAUAUUCCCAUUAGCCUUUGGAAUAGGAGACUCUGAAAAUGAUUCAUCAUGGUUAUGGUUUUUCACAAAGCUGAAGGAGACAUAUGGAGAAAGAGAAGGUAUGACAAUCAUUUCAGACAGCCAUAAAAGCAUAGAAAAUGCUAUAGACGAUGUAUACCCAAAAGCUUUCCAUGGAGCAUGCAUAUUCCACCUGUUAAACAACAUCAAUGUCAAUUUUGGUGUCCAUGGGGAGGACCUAAACCUAAACUUUGUCAAAGCAGCAAAGGCAUACAGGGUACAAUCAUUUGAGCACUACAUGCAUGAAAUAGACAAGAUUGACACACGCAUAAGACCGUAUUUACAAAAAAUUGGAUAUUCAACUUGGUCUAGAUGCCAUGCUCCAACAAGAAGAUAUACAAUGAUGACAUCAAAUAUAGCUGAAUCAAUAAAUGAUGCAUUGAAAGUUGCAAGAACGCUGCCAAUCACUACAAUGAUGGAGGGCCUUCGAAGUUUAGUUCAAAAAUGGGUAUGGAAAAAUGGUAAUGAAGCAAACGGAACAUUCACACAAGUAACAACAGAUACUGAAACUGUGCUUAGAGAAAAAUUUAUUCGUGCCAUUAAAUUUCAGAAAGGAAAUUUUUUGGUCAACCUAAUGGAGAAAACAUGUGAAUGCAAAAGAUUCCAACAAGACGAAAUACCGUGUGCACAUGCAAUAGCAGUAUUCGCCAAAACACGGCUGAAAACAUAUGAUUAUGUUGCUGAUUACUACAAAACUACAACUAUGAAAGCAACAUAUGACUCAACCGUUCAUCCAUUGCCAAAUGAAAGCGAAUGGACACUGCCAGAGACUUUAAACAUAAUUGUCCUACCACCAAAAUCAAGAAAACCACCAGGUCGCCCUAGAAGAAAAAGAAUCAGAUCUAGAGGAGAACCAAAGGUGCAAAUAAAAUGUGGAAGAUGCGCGCAGCAAGGGCAUAAUAGAAAAACAUGCAGGAAUGAACCAAUCCCAAAGCUGCGAAACACAACAAAGUCAAAGAAAAUAGACAAAUAA